UUUGAAGAAGGAAAGAUGUUGGGAAUCGUAAGGCAAAAGAUGUUGGAGCAGUCAUUGAAGAAGAUUCAGCCCGUGGCGUCGGUGUUGAGAACUUACUCAUCUGGUGCGAAACAGAUGACUGUGAGAGAGGCAUUAAACUCUGCUCUUGAUGAGGAGAUGUCAGCUGAUUCGAAAGUCUUUUUGAUCGGUGAAGAGCUUGGAGAAUAUCAGGGUGCAUACAAGAUAACCAAGGGGCUUCUGGACAAGUAUGGACCCGAACGGGUUCGAGACACUCCGAUUACUGAGGCUGGUUUUACUGGGAUUGCGGUUGGGGAGGCUUACUAUGGUCUGAAACCCGUUUUGGAGUUUAUGACGUUUAACUUCUCAAUGCAGGCCAUUGACCACAUUAUUAACUCUGCUGCAAAGUCGAACUACAUGUCGGCGGGCCAGAUAUCGGUACCUAUUGUUUUUAGGGGUCCUAAUGGUGCCGCAGCCGGUGUUGGUGCCCAGCACUCUCAAUGUUACGCUGCGUGGUAUGCUUUUUGUCCCGGGUUGAAAGUGCUGUCACCAUACAAUUCCGAAGAUGCUCGUGGACUACUCAAAGCGGCUAUUCGAGAUCCCGACCCGGUUGUUUUCCUCGAGAAUGAGUUGUUAUACGGUGAAUCAUUCCCGAUUUCUGAUGGAGUUCUGGAUUCGAGUUUUUGCCUUCCGAUCGGAAAAGCUAAGAUAGAGAGAAAAGGAAAGCAUGUGACUAUUGCAGCUUAUUCGAAAAUGGUGGGCUACUCUCUUAAGGCAGCUGAGAUACUCGAAAAGGAUGGAAUCCAUGCCGAGGUUGUAAAUUUGCGUUCGAUUAGGCCGUUAGAUCGAUCCACGAUUAACGACUCUGUCAGGAAAACCAAUAGAUUGGUCACAGUCGAAGAAGCGUUUCCACAGCACGGUGUUGGUGCCGAAAUAUGUGCGUGUGUUUUGGAGGAGAGUUUUUCAUAUCUCGAUGCACCAGUCGAGAGAAUUGCCGGAGCCGAUGUUCCUAUGCCGUAUGCGGCAAAUCUUGAGAGAAUGGCGGUGCCACAGGUUGAAGAUAUAGUCCGAGCUGCAAAGAGAACAUGCUACAGAUCGGUACUGACGGCCGCCGUCUCUUGAUGGAAACCGGUCCGAGCAGCAUACUUUUUCUUAUACUGGUCAGUGUCAAUGCUGGCCC